GCCUUCUUUUAAAGCCGAAAGGGCAACCGCAUAUCGAUCUGAUCAACCCGGAACGACUGCAUGGACUCAGGGAUCCAGAGCUCUUAGUAUUCCGUGGCACCGCUUUUUUCCCGCUGUAAGCGCGAGGCCCAAGUCAUGGGUGCUUUUGAGGGUGUCGUGGUGUCACUACCAAGUAUUGAAAGCAUUUGAUAAUGCCCGCAGAUCGCCAACUCCUUCUCCACCAACAUACUUGCUACACCGAACAUUUUUGGGGGCUUGUCUCAAUUCGGGGCUCACAUAAAUCGCAGCUCGGUCAUCGUUGUUGUUGUUUGGGGGGCUGUUCCGCUUCGCUCACACGCGCGGCGGUUACUCGAAACCUCUGAAUGGCCGACUCCGGAUUUUCUCAUGCAAGAGGCACAAGUUUGCCCCGCCUCUUUUAAUUAAAAACGUUGCUGAAGACCAAGUGCGAAACGUGAUAGACUGUGUCGUGUGUUGGAGUUCGUGGAUCUGUCAUAGCCAGAGGUAUGAAUCGUCAGCGCGCUUUGAUGGACAUGGACCACUUAAUCCUUGGUAAACCGCACCACCAUUCUCUCAUGACGGCGUAUGUCCGAUGGCUAAGCC